GCGUUCGCUGCGACCGGCGGGCGGGCCGAGCAUGACGCAGUCGUCGGACCGCAUCUGGGAACUGCUGUCCACGUCGCCAGUGCGCGUGCGUAACCUGGAGCAGGACAUGGAAGCGCUGCGCCAGUCGCGCCACGACAACCCGUACCUGCAGCAGCAGAUGGAGCGAUUCUCGAUUCAGGACGAGCCGGCAGCCGAUGAGCGACAGCUACUCUUCCCACCCGACGACAUAAGCGACCUGCACAAGCACCUGAUACGCAGCCCACCGCCGCAGUUCCCGCAAGACGUGGCCCACUUCGUCUUCCCAGGAUCACCGCCGCCCGAGGACGAGACCAUGAUGGAACCCGAGAUGCUAGGCCACGCCGGGCCCUACAGCACCGAGACGAUGCGCCAGGUACCCCAGGAAACGCGCGACCAUCAGAUGUCCAGCUACCAGGCAGACGACGUGCAUCGCGGCUUGGCUCGCGCCGCAGCCGCUACCCGGUGAAAGGCGGCGGCGCCCCGGCCGGCUCGCCGGCUGCUCCGCAAUUCUCAAGCGGUCGCCGGUGAGCCGAGCGCGUGCGGACUCUUGGACUCACUGACAUCUGCGGUGACGAUGCGCAAGACGUCCUUCGGAUGUGCUACGGACUGGACAGGGACGUCCAUCGCUUCACACAGCACCUUUCGUCAGCAACGGCUUUCAAGAGUCGCUCACAGCCGCCGUGGGUCCUGGACAGGGCGAAACGUAUUCAAAAACCGUGCGCCCGAACGUUUAAGAGCAUUACAUCUUUAAGAGAUGAUCUUACAAAGGUGGCAGUAGUAUUGAUCAGAUUGCAUGUUUAUUCUUGGUAGGGAAAAAAAAACUGAGCCGGCCUUUCAGCGGAAUGCCAUUCUUUGCUUUGAAGUGCUGUAGGUGUAUGGUGGAAGCACAGUUGUAGUCGCGACAUGGCCAAAAAAGAAGCUGCCAUCUUUGCAUUGGCCCAUGCUUGUUGGAAUAUGCUGUCUCAGCAAGGGAUAAAAUUGUGCCAUAACUGUCCGAGCCACUGCUAGCGUGGGGUCUGCAUGCGGUGCGGGUAUUGAGGGGCCUUACUGGCGUGAGCGGCUGGUGCUAACCUCUCAAAGAAUGUUCCAGACCGUUGGAGACUGUGGUGCGAAGACUUGCAAAGUGUUGUGGAGAGGUAGCAUUGCAAUAGCUGUACAGUUUACACCAUAGAAAAAAACAAAACAACAACACGCAGGCAUUCAGCGAAUUGUACAAACCAGGGGCGUAAUUCACAAAGAUCUUUGUUGCUUGCCUGCAUCUCUUCCUUUAGGUGCGAGACAGGAUGAAACAGAGUGGUUGAUAGUUUAACGGCCGUCUUCACUAAAUGUUAGAGUAUCGUGAGGUGGUUACGUAUGUCUUUAGAGACUGCAGCAGCGAUUGUACGAAAUGCUUUGUAAAAACAAACCGGGUUUUCGUUUUUGCUCACGUCUGGACGUUCAGACGCAAAAAGCGGUGACCGCGCAUGAUAGGCUGCGCCGCUCUCCUGUAUUUUUUUCGCCCUUCUUGAAAUGGCAAAGUACGUUCACCUAUCGCGUGAAAGGUGUUUGGCCCCUUGUGGUUGUGUGUGUGACGUUCGCAGUACCACAGAAUUGUUCAUGACGCUUGAAAGAGCGACCAUUAACGGAAGUGUGGAAGCCCGAACCAUGCAGAGGGAACUCAGGCGACUUGAUUGAAUAAGUUUUAUUUUCUUGUUGCUAAACGUAUUUGUCCCUGUUGUUUCGGCUGCAGUUAACACGCGGCGUUCUUUGCGACUCUAGCCGCAUAUGACGCCCCGAGCGCGGCAUCGAGAGAUUACUAUUAAGCUAGUUUAGUAGCUAACGCAGAUUGUGCUAACGUUCUCGUGACGACUAACAUGCCUUGUAUGCAAGUACAGGUCGACAUAGAGUUGAUUAGCAGUCGAAUAUCAUACCAGCGCAUAACUAAACUUGUCGCUUCUGUGCACACAAGAGGUCCCCAAUGCUUUUGGCUUGUUUUUGCAAUAUAGGAGUACAACAGCCAUACGCAUUAUUUCCUGCAAUUUAGAGCCAAAAAAAUCGAUCGCUCUGGCACUACAAUGCUCAUUUGGACAUUGCACCAGAAGAGCCCCAAAAUAACAGAAGCUUGUGCCCUAUUCCGGUGUGACCACACUAAUUGUAUGACCAAGAUGAGCUAGUCAAGUUACACUUAAGAUGUGACAGGACAAUAUUAACGCGGCAACACGUCCUCGGGAUGUUAGCAAAUUCCUCGACAAUUUCGAUGGUGACAUCAGCUGUGCGCCUCAACAUUUCCCGUUGCGCGUUUCAACAGGAAGCGUUUUUCGCGUGCCAACGACCGCGGUAGCCCGCGUGAAUUAGCAGUCCGAGGAGUCUUCCGCAACGCACCACUUGUUUCCAACACAAGUUGCGCUUAGGGUGGGAAGUAAGGGCUUGUCUCCUGAAAAAAGUUCAAGCUGAAAUAUCGCGUUGUAAACUCUCUCUCAUGUGCGUGACAUGUGUUCUAACGUAAAAGAGGAUCAACAAAUCUUCUAGUCGCAGACGCUCAUGUGCCAAAGGAAUGCGUCACUUCUGUGUGGAGUGGGCAUUAGCGUGUCGUUGUGCAUGCCAGCCGCGUAGAUAUAUAUAGUUGCCGAGGGAAGGCAAUCCCUGUGCGAAAACCUACGGCUCAGAUCCACGGCGGGCGUUCGGUAUCGCGGGUGCGUGCUUCGGCCGUGUGACCUACUGUAGCGCCGCAUCGUUUGAGCUAUAGGUAUGCCACAGAAACCUCUGCGUGACCGGUCGGUGGUUCUGCGCGCUACAUGUCAAGAUUCUCCGGAUGAUGCAGAAGCUUACAAAGCCGCUUGUUUUCGAGUUGACCGAAACGAAAGUGCGGCGUGGUUCAGCUGUCCCACACGAUAGCCUCACGGGCUGGCCGUGUACAUAGCGUCUCCUGCCACUGCUGUAACCCGACGCGGUUCUUCAGAGCUUGUCGAAUAAAGAGUUUGUUACCUACACAA